AUGCAUCUUCAUGGGUCUUACACGCGAUCGCCGUGGGAUGGUUGGGCAGAGGACACUAUCAUCCCAGGACAGUACAAAGAUUACUACUACCCCAACAGCCAGAACGGCCGUACCUUGUGGUAUCAUGACCAUGCUGUCGACAUCACAGCCGUGAAUGACUACUUUGGUCAGGAAGGCAUGUGGAUCAUCCAUGACCCUGCGGAGGACGCGCUGGGCCUUCCCAACGAAUACGGUGUCAACGAUAUCCCGCUCAUCAUCACGUCAAAGCAAUACGGGGACGAUGGCCAGCUAUUUUCCCCGGCUGGGGAAACUGAGGGUCUGCUGGGAGACGUCAUCCACGUCAACGGGCAGCCGUGGCCGUUCCUCGCUGUAGAGCCUCGGAAAUAUCGCCUUCGCCUCCUCAAUUCCGCAAUCUCAAGAGCGUUCAUCUACUCAUUCUACAAAUUGGGAGACGAGGACGAAGAACCUAUCCCCAUCCCGUUCCAGGUCAUCGCCUCGGACUCCGGCCUGCUCACGAGCCCUGUCACCACGAAGAACCUCGCGCAAGCCAUGGCCGAGCGCUGGGAAGUUAUCUUCGAUUUCACCCCCUUCGCCGGGCAGAAGAUCACCAUGAUGACGGAAGACGAACGCAACAUCGGAGCGCAGUCGAGACACAAGAAGGGCAGAAAAGGCAAGGGCAAAGAUGAAGACUACUUGACGCCCGUCAUGCAGUUUGUGGUGAGCCCCACGCCCGUCGCCGACAAGUCUCUUGUUCCCGGAGAGUUGCGCGCCGUGCCGUUUCCACCCCAACUCCCCGACCUCAUUGACCACUACUAUUUGUUCCACCAAGAGGAUGAGCUCUGGAAAAUCAACGACGUCGUCUUCAGCGACAAGGCAAACCGCAUCCUUGCAAACGUCCCUCGCGGCACGGUUGAGAUAUGGGAGAUUGAGAACGGGGCCGGCGGCGGCUUCCUGCAUCCCGUCCACGUCCACAUGGUCGACUUCCGCAUCCUAAGUCGCACCAGCACUGGCAAGUGGGCAACCGACCGCGGCGUCUUGCCGUACGAGGAAGCCGGUUUGAAGGAUGUAGUUUGGGUCGGCGUCGGCGAGGUCGUUCGUGUCGAAGCCCACUAUGCGCCGUGGGAUGGCGUCUACAUGUUCCAUUGCCACAACCUGAUCCACGAAGACCAUCAGAUGAUGGCGGCCUUCGACGUCACGACUUUGAGCGACUUUGGGUACAAGGAGACGGCGUUCAAUGAUCCCAUGGAAGGCAGGUGGCGCGCCGUGCCAAUCACCAAGGCCGAUUUCACCGUGGACGCCAUCACGAAGAAGAUUGUCAUGAUGGCAAAGCUCCAGCCCUACGGUGAUGUCGGCGACAUUGUACGAAAGCUGGACCAAUACUGGGCUUCUCGAGGCGGACUUCACCAGAACCCUGGCAUAGUCAACGAUGAAGCAGCCAAGAAAAAGGGGGCUCAGGAGGCAGCCAAGAAGGACACACCCAAAAAGGACGGAGCCAAGGAAAGCGCGACUAAGAUGGGCGGUGUUAAGAUGAGGCGGGUUAAAAGGGCCGAGAUCGUCAUGGAUGAGACUGAAUGA